CAGAUUCACCAGUAUGCUCGAGAUUCCGAGCAUGCAUGCAUCAGUCGUUGUUUGAGUAUCAAACUAAUCGUGUCGUAUUUAAUCUCACGUGUUUUUUAAAUCAAAAAAAAAUUUAAUUCACCCCUAAUCUAUUAAUCAAUUUUAAAAAAAAAUAAUAACAAUACAAAAUAUAUACUUGACAAUAUUAAAAAAAUUAAAAACAACUAUUAUUUAAAUAUUAUAUUCAAGUGAGGUUAAUAAUAUAUAAUAAUAAAUGAUUUUUAAAAGAAAUACGAUGAUCUUGAGAAUUGACGGUUUGACUCAUUGAAAAAGCACAACAGAACAAUAAGUGCUGGGUGAAUGGAAUAUAUAUAAUUUUUUUUUUCAACAAGUACACGAUGGAGAACCCCCCGUCAUCUUGUUUUUUGUUCUUUUUUUUAUUAUUUUUUAUAAAUAAUGAAUAAUAAUAAUUAUAACGUCUGGGUGAGAAAAUUAAAUGUGUUAUUUUGCAUGAAGAGUUGAGAGUCAAGUAUCCUGAUUGGGUAAUGGAUUUUCAAAGCGCAAUGGAAACCUUCGCUGAGGCAUGGGUUGCAGCAAAUACUAAAACGGAUCCAGUUCAGAGUCAAGCACUGGCAUUAACGCACAAAUCAUCACCACCAUCAAGACCAUCAAGUGUGUCACCAAUACCACAGAGUCCACAAUCACAUCAGUCAAAUCAAGCACAUUCAACACGAAGUCCAACACCACGGCCAUCUUCUGUUCAUCAUCAUCAUCAACAGCCAAAUGUUCAACAUCAACAUCAUCUAGCACCACUACCACCAUCAUCAUCAUCAUCAGCAUUAUCAUUACAUCAAUCAUCAUUUGGUCAUCAUCAUACACGUCAUCCAAAACAAGAACUAGACACAACAAGUCCAAAACCAGAAGGAUUUGAUCUCAGCAAAAAUUCAACUGUAUCAGGAAAAAGUCCAGUACCAGUACACUGUGUUGUUGAAGCAAUUCAUAGUAUUGUUGAUACACGUUUAAAUUUUGGACGUGAUAAAUGGCCAAAUCCACAUAUUGAAAUUGAUACUUAUGUUAUUAUUCCAGCUGCUGUACCAUUUUAUGAUCUUGUUGGUGAGGCACUAGUACGUCUUGGUUAUCCAACAGAUUUAAUACCAAGUGCACGUGGUAGUAUUAUUGUUAAAAAUUGGAAACCACUUGCUAUGGAAAAAAUAGCUGAUGAUACAUCACGUACUGUUGCUGAAAUACUUGCUGAAUUAACAACAGUUGCAACAUUAAAAAUCCAAAUAUAUAGAGUAAGACCACCAUCACCAAGUCCUGCAUCUGAAGUUAGAGAUAAGCUUUUGAGGCUUUUACUUUUACAUAGUCAUGCUCUUCUUGUUUCUGCUGGAUGUCCCCUCGAUGAGAUAACACUUUCAUCAUUAUGCAGAGGUGGUAAUGAUUUAUCAGAAGAAACAAAACGUAGUUUUGAAACAUGGCUACAACAACAACAACAACAUUUAGCUGGUAUUGGUCCACCAACAUCAAUCCUAGCUUCUUGUACACAUAAUAAUAUUAAUAACAAUAAUAAUAAUAUCAGUAAUAAUAAUAUUAAUAAUAAUCGUCAAAUAAAUAAUCAAAGUCCAAUAAUUGAUAGUGGUUUAACUGGUACAACUAGUCAUCAUCAUCAUCAUCAUCAUCCUGCAAUGUUACCAUAUUCUCAUAAAACACGUAUGCGUACAAGUUUUGAUCCGGAACUUGAAUUACCAAGAUUACAACGUUGGUUUAGUGAAAAUCAACAUCCAUCAAGACAACAAAUACAAAGAUAUGUUGUUGAAUUAAAUUCACUUGAAUCAAGACGUGGUAGAAAACCACUUGAUAUUAAUAAUGUUGUUUAUUGGUUUAAAAAUGCUCGUGCUGCACAAAAAAGAGCUGAAACACGUGGUAUCAAUGGAUAUAGUCCACCUGGUUUAAGUCCAAGAGGUGCUAGUAUUGUUAGUGAAGAUUGUUCUGAUGAAGAAGAUGAUUUACAACAUCAGUCAAAUUCAGCAUCACCAUGUUCAACAGGAAUUAAUCAAAAUAUUUUACCAUUAUCAUUGACAACAAGAACAGAUGAUCAACGUUUAAUAAAUCAAUUAUCAACAUCAAUAAUGCCAACAGCAGUAACAACAACUACAACAUCACCACCAACAACAGCAACAUCAACGACAGCAUUGUCGUCAUCAACAACAACAACGACAACAACAACAACAGCAGCACCAAUUGUUAAACGUGAAGAUGAUACAGUAACAAGGGUGUCAUCUGGUUCUGAUGAUGAUGAUUCAACAAAUAAUGUACCAACAGCACCGUUACCACCUGGUUUUUCACUUGUGCCAAGUCCAAUGUUUGGUCAUGGUAUUAUGUAUAUGUCACAUUAUCUACCAACACGUGGUGGUCCAACUGGUUGUCCUGCAAGUAUACUUGAUGAAAGAAGAAAAAGAAAUAGAACAUUUAUUGAUCCUGUAACUGAAGUACCAAGAUUGGAAAAUUGGUUUGGACAUAAUACUCAUCCAAGUCAUGCGCUUAUAUUAAAAUACACCGAGGAAUUAAAUCGUAUGCCAUAUCGUCAAAAAUUUCCACGUUUAGAACCAAAAAAUGUACAAUUUUGGUUUAAAAAUCGUCGGGCUAAAUGUAAAAGACUUAAAAUGGCAUUUUUUGAAGGUGAAUCACCACAACAACAUUCAUAUGCUCAUCCUGACUAGUCGUCAAAUAUCUUUUAAUAAAUAAUUAACUUCUUUAAUAAUUGUUUUUUUUUAAAUUAAAAAUAAAAAAAAAGUACUAUAAAGUGAGAUUAGAGAACAAAAAUAAUCAUUAAAAUAUGUUUUUUAAUGUUCUCGUAGGUAACUAGUCCUACAUUCAAUCGUUAAUGACCCAUUAAAUUGGAUAACUAUCCUUAUCUUGAAUAAUUAUUAUCAAAAAAAAUUUUUUAAAAAAAUUAACGAGGCUGUAAUUAUACACAGAAAAAAGGAAAAAAAUAAAAAAAAAAAUUAGCAACAAAACGUUAUUAUAAAUAUAAAAAUAUAUUAUAAAAUAUCAUUGUCGUUAUUAGAAUAAUUAUUAAUUAAUGAUAAUUAAAAAAUAGUGAUGUUUAUCAUUAUUUAUAAUAAAAAUAAGUUGAAAAAAAAAAAAAGUAUAAACCAUUGAUGAUACGCCGACUGUGUGUACAUAAAAAAAAAAAUAUAAUAAUUAAUAUAAUUGAAUAAAAAUCAUUACAUAACUAUGAAAAAA